AUGAGAUGCUAUCGGUUCCACCGACAUGUUAAUUUAUUUGCCAAAAGAUCAUUCUCUAGCACAAGAAUACGAUUAAUUGAUUGUAAUUCAUGUGGGAUAAGUUUACAAAAUACUGAUCCAAAAUUAACAAAUUAUUAUAGGAAGCCUGAGAAGCCCCAAGUUGGUAAACUGGAGUCCUUAGAUGAUAUUAAAUAUUUGCUAUUCAGUCAGGAUAUUCAACACUUUAAGGAGAGCGACAAUGAGAUUAGUAGAGAUGAUUUAAAAGAGGCUCAAGAAAAGCCACCCAUCUGUAAAAGAUGUAGUGACGCAUUAUAUCAGAAUAAGUACACUCCUAGUGACUUUCAAAGGUAUCCUUUAGACAAGGUAUUGAAAUUAGUAAAACCUAACAGUUCAAUAGCAAAUGUCGUUCCGUUACAUGAAUUCCCAUUCCAUUUUAAUGCAAAGCUCUUGAAAAGUGAUAUUGCAAAUAAUCUUUUAAUUUUAACAAAGGGUGAGCUAUCGUCUCUUAAAAGGAAACAAUUAUCUACCAUGACCCAGGCAUUCUUCAUAGACUUCUUGAAGUAUCAUGUUAAUAUAAUAACAAAUAGGGUCGUAGGUGUAUCUGCCUUGAAAUCUUGGAAUCUGAAUAGUGCUUUGUCAUUGUUCAAAAAUGACACUUAUUUAUUAGGAAAUGCCAAUGUUGGGAAAUCAAAGUUGAUUAAUUCAUUAUUAGAUCUAUGUGACGGUUACAAAGUCGAUAGAGAUACCAAAAUUAGAGUAGAACGACAACCAUCUCAAAAUACAACUGUAUUGGAGAAUAAAAGGUUAAGAAUGAAACAAGAAUCCACCGGUGUAUCAUUUAUACCCAACCUGACUAGGAAUGUUCAAGCAUAUAAAAUUAAUGCGAAAUAUAUAUACGAUCUUCCAGGAUAUACCGAAAAUCUUGACGAUAUAUAUUUGGAAGACGUUAUUAAGAGGGAAUGGUUAGAAGGAAUAAGGAAUACAUCAAAACUUAACUUGAAGAAACUUCAAAAUCGUGCUUAUGACUCUUUAAAUGGUACUGAAAAAGGGCGUUGUUAUACCAUUGGAGGAAUAUUUUUCUUAGUUCCUCCCAAUGGCACAAUUAAUCAAAUAACGAGACAUAUUACUGGGACAUCAUAUACAUUUUCAAGCGUCGAGAAAGGUAUCGAUGUAUUUAAGGAAUGUCAUGAAAAUGAGUUACCAAAUGCCCAUAGUUUACAGCAAUAUUGUGCUAUCACUAAAGAAACUUGUGAUACUACAAAAUUCAAUAGACAUGUUAUCCCUCCAUUUUUGGGGGCCAUUGAAAUUGUCUUUAAGGACAUAGGAUAUAUACGAGUAGUAACUACAGGACGGUAUAAAUUCGCAGGAUUGCAUGAAAUAUGGGUACCUAAGGGUAUUGAAGUGUGUAUCCGAGAACCAUUAGAAGCUACUAUAUCAUCAUAUUACUAUAAACAUAUUAAGAAUAAUACGUUAGCAUGUCCUGUAGAUAGACCAAUAAUUAGUUCAACAUACAUCAUGGAUCAUAACGAAAAGCAUGUUUUAGAGAAGAUGAGAGAAAUGUAUUUGCAGAGAACCGAAAAAGAUAUACAAGCUAGAAGAUUAUUAAAGUCUGAUCCAUACAAAAUAUUGUCCGAAGUAAACCCUGACUCUCGUAACCUUUAUUGGUAUUAUAAUUUUUAA